GGCAGAAACAACAGGGAGGGGCCAUCCUCCUGCCAAUCGGAAGUGCUAGGAGGCGGGCCUGCCAGUUCGCGGACAGCUACGGCGCCAUGAAUAUCCUACCCAAGAAGAGCUGGCACGUCCGGAACAAGGACAAUGUGGCCCGCGUGCGGCGUGACGAGGCCCAAGCCCGGGAGGAAGAGAAAGAGCGUGAGCGGAGGGUGCUUCUCGCUCAGCAAGAGGCCCGCACGGAAUUCCUGCGGAAGAAAGCUAGGCAUCAGAACUCACUGCCUGCGCUUGAAGCAGCAGAAGCAGGAGCCCCAAGGUCUGGCCCUGUGGAUCUGUUUCGGGAGCUGCUAGAGGAAGGGAAAGGCUUGAGCAGAGGCAAUAAAGAGUACGAAGAAGAGAAGCGACAAGAGAAAGAGAGGCAAGAGAAAGCUCUGGGCAUCUUGACAUACCUGGGCCAGAGUGCAGCAGAAGCCCAGACCCAGCCCCCUUGGUACCAGCUCCCCCCAGGGCAGGGGACCCCAUCGCCUGGUGCCGGACGAGAUGAGAAGAUCAAGAACCGCCUGGACCCUCUGCGGGAGAUGCAGAAGCACUUGGGGAAGAAGAGAAAGCAGAGUCGUGACGACAGCAGUCACAGCGGAAAGGAGAAGGAGCCUCCUGUGAAACAAUGGCCCACAGAACCCCCAUCCCUGGACCGGCUUCGAGCUGAACGUCUCCGGCGUGAAGCAGCUGAGAGGGCGCGGGCAGAGGCCCUGCUGGCCCGGGUCAGAGGCACAGCAGCCCAGGAGCAUCGGCCGGAAGAAGAGGUGGAUGAGCGGCAGAGGCGGUACAACUCCCAGUUCAACCCCCAGCUGGCCCGGCGCCCCCGCAGGCAGGAACUCCCCCCUGCUCACUGACUGAGGGGGUAGAGGAGAGGCCGCUGCUGCCAGCCGUCAUAUAAAACUAUUUAUUCAUAAAUAUUUUCCAAAAUGAAAAUAGGUUUACCAAAAAAUGUCCCUCACUGGGGAGGGGAGGAGGGGGCAGCCCUCGCCCCCGGGCCCCCAGGGUGGGGCUGAGAGGUAGAGAACACCUCCCGGCCCCCUCCCUGCUUCCUGGGGGAGGGGGCUGCCCCGGGGCCUGGGGCCUCCCCCCCAGUCUUCCAGGGCAGGGCCCUCACCUGGGCAGGGGGAUCAGCAUGCGGGGGGAGGGGGUGGAGGAAGGGGCCGGUGUCACUGGAGGUCCCGGUCCUCCAGGUAGCGGUACUCAAAGGUGAAGCCUUCCUUCUUCCGCUGGCCCCACUUCUCGUAGUCAAAGUAGAUGUAGGUGCCCUGGCCGGGGGAGAAGGCGGUCAGUGAGUGGCCCAGGAGGCGCUCGGGGAUCUGGGUUGGACCGACACAGGGGACAGGUCUCAGGGCCGUGGACGUGCCAGGCAGCAGGCCGCCUGCCCGCACGCACACGCCAUCUCACUCCACCCUCUCAGGGCUCUUGGCAGGUAGGAAACGUUAUCACGCCUGCUUCAGAGGAAACGGAGGAAGGCACAGCGGUCAGGGGUCAGAGCCGGGCCUCGGCCCUGGGCACCUGUGCACCUCGAGAUGGCUGUGGCUUUGGAGGCCUGACAGGCGCUGCGUGUGUGCUGUGUGUCCUGGGGUUUGGUCUUCACAGAAGCCUCAGACCACUGCCCCGGCCUUGAGGACCAACAGGCCUGGCUGGAGCCUACAUCCAGGCACGCGGCCAGGACCAAGGUUUUACUGGGGACAGUGGUGGUGCGGGAGCUUCUGAAGGACUGAUGCCUAGAGACACGCUGAGAGGAUUACUUUGGACCAAACGAGGAGGGGGCAGGAGGGCUGUGGUUAGUGGGGGAGAAGACACGGUGGGAAGGGGCUGGUUCUGAGUGGGUGGUGGAAACACUUCCAAGAACCUGAAAGCGCCGUGAGGAGGGGACCGAGUCCCCUGAGGACAGGGGCCUUGGCCAGUGCUCAGCAGCGGGGAGAGGUGUGGAGGGAACGCCACUGUGGACCACCACCAGGCAGGCCCAGGUGAAAUAAAGUACCAAACGCCCACGACAC